AUGUCGUCCGGCAAUCUUGAUACAUCUCGUCAAAUCCUAUCCCGAACUCAUGUUGGAGACCUCAGGACAUCCACGACAACCUUUAAUGGCAGUCCAACCCAUUCAGGCCAUGGAAUUAUUAAUGGUACUCAAGAACAUAGUUCUAUGCAGCCACCUCCUCCCCCCUCGACCACAGCUAUUCCUCACAAUUUUGCAUCCGAAUCGCCUUCUUACCCUCAAGCGGUGAUUAUUCCAUCUGUUAACCUGCCAGCGUAG